AUGAAUCUUAUAAUAUGGAAUGCUAGGGGAGCAAACAGUGUGGAGUUCCAGGGGCACUGCUUCUCCAUGCUAAGUAUCCAUAAACCUUUUAUGCUAGCUCUUCUUGAAACCAGAAUGAUUAACCACUCUACUCUUAUUGGGAACCUUGGUUUAUCUAAGCACAUCCAGUCUGAAGCCACUGGCCAAUCUAGAGGACUGGUCCUUAUGUGGAAUGAGGACAAGCUCAGUAUCACUGACAUCUCCGCGUCCUACCAAAGCAUUUAUGUUGAUGUCCAGGUAUAUUCUCCUCCCUCCAUCUGGUUCCUUAGUAUUAUUUAUGCUGCCACCUCUUUAAGUGAUAGGAAGUCUCUUUGGAACCAAUUAGAAACUAUGGCAAAUGUAGUAAACAAAGAUACCCAAAAUAGUUGGCUAAUAGGAGGAGCCUUUAAUAAAAUUCUUACCUUUAGUGAUAAAUAUGGGGGUAAUGCCAUUAAUAAUAGUAGGGCUGGUCACUUCUGGAACUGUAUAAACAACUGCAAGCUUUUGAACCUAGGGUUCAAAGGCAGUAAGUAUACCUGGACUAACAAAAGAUAUAGGAAUAGAGGCAACCUCAUCUUAGAAAGGCUAGAUAGGUGCUUUGCUAAUGAAACCUGGAUCCAUAAAUUACCUGAGGCCACAGUUACUCACCUCUCCAAAAUACACUCUGACCAUUGCCCUCUUCUUAUUGGUCUGUCUAAGGCUAACCAAGGAACCCUUGAUAAACCUUUCAAGGUGAAGAGUAUGUAG